AUGGAUGCCUUUGAGGGCCGCGAGAGCGCCUGGAGGAUCGGGCUGAUCCUGGUAGCUGCCACCGCGAUUUAUCUUGUCCUAUACCGAACAUCCACGAAAUCUCUCUUAAACAGAGUAUCCCUACGAGGCCGGAGAGACUCAACCGCCAAAACCCCACCGCGAUCAUUGUCCCCAGAGGAGAAGCAAUCCAAUAGUGCCACAUCCCCUGCGAGCUACAACCAUGCCCUGCCACCCCAGCGUAGGGAAGCACUCCUACAAUUGCAAGGGAAAGCUAUACGCUGGCGGGAAGUUGAUGAGACCGAGAUGCGUCAAAAUGGGUUGCCCAUGACAGCCGACUAUAGGACCAGCCCAGGCAACUUGUACACCCCGACAGGAUUCUCGGUAGACGAUAUCAAAGCCCUUGGGGACUUUCCCGAUUAUUCGACACUCAGUGGCGUCCCAUUGCCCAACCCUUACCCAGAACAUGAUAUUGAGAACGCCAAGCCGCGGCCUUAUCGGCCAUUCAGAUGGUCUUACCAUCAGACUAUGUCACUAGCAAAACUGGAAACUGACUGGUGGAUUGAGAUUGAGAGCACCUACAAAAGCCGCAUCGCUCAGCGUAGAGCACUCUUCGCCAAGAAUGGCAAGGCAGUCCUGGAUGCCCUUCCCGGCUCCGAGCUGGCCUGCAAGGAGCUCAUGGAGAUGGUUCUCCAAUUCAUCUGCGCAAGAUACCCACAGCACUUUACUCUGGUUGACAAGCAAGUGCUGCAGAACCAUAUUCUUGGCACCGAGCAUGAUCUUCGGACCAAACCUCCGCUCGAGGUGCUUCUCGACAAUGUUCCCGAAGACUUUGCACUUAUGCUGCGGGACGAUCAGACUGGAUUUUACUUCCUCCGCGCCGCUGUAAUCUGUUCAGCGCUUGGAUGGAAUGUUGGUUCGAAAAUCGGGAAGCAGUUGCAUCAGAUUCAUGAAACGAUUCCAGAUUACAAAGAGAAGAUGCAGUUCUCAAUGGACCGAUUCUUCACGAAGAUGCCGACUGAAAAGCCGAUCCAGCGAGGUUCAUGGGGCCUUGAAGUAGGCGAGCCUCUGUAUAUGCCACCAGGAGAUCCCCACGCGGCUCUUCGGUUGUCGCAGGAUCCAGAUCUGCAUCUGAAAGAUUGCAGCCUGCGCGUGGACUGGCAGACUCUUCGUCGCCUACCUCUUUCAGCGUCCAUUGUCUUUAAUUUCAAGGCUGUUUUCACGCCUAUAGUUGAGUUUCGCGACGAGCCUGCCGUACCAGCAUUGGUGGCCAAGAUCUUGAAGGAAGGAAAGCAGAAUCUUCUGAAAUACAAGGGUGUAUGGCAUGUCCAACAUGUUGUCUUGCCCAAAUUGGAGGAGUGGGUAAAGGAGCAAGAGGAGAAGGGACUUGUUCCAAGGGAUUGGCCCGUUGCUACGCUGGAUGAGAGUCCGUGGUUCAGAGGAUGGGAGGAGAAAUGGCACCGCCAGCAAGGGUUUUGA